UCGUGACAUUUUCAUGGUGUACGGACCAGAAGUUGUUGAUGAGAAAAUGGGUCUUAUAUCUUUGAUGAAUAAGAAGAGGAGAGCGACAGAGAACUAGUAUUGGAAAUUCUUCUGUUUGAAGCUCUUGCUUCGGUGAAACUAUUUUUUUGCUGGUUUUUCUUUGUUCUUUUUUCUUGCUUUUCGUUGUGAAAGAAUGAGGCUCUCUUCUUCUUCUUCGUCGUCGGGGUUUAAUCAUCAGGCUCAGGAUGGGGAGAAGAAAUGUUUGAAUUCAGAGCUAUGGCACGCAUGUGCAGGUCCUCUGGUGUCUCUGCCUCCCGUGGGAAGUCGCGUAGUCUACUUCCCCCAGGGUCAUAGUGAGCAGGUUGCUGCUUCAACUAACAAGGAAGUGGAUGCCCAUAUACCCAAUUACCCCAACUUGCCCCCACAACUAAUUUGUCAGCUUCACAAUGUGACCAUGCAUGCAGACGUGGAGACAGAUGAAGUAUAUGCUCAAAUGACCCUACAACCACUGAGUCCGCAAGAGCAAAAGGAUGUGUACCUGCUACCUGCAGAAUUGGGUACUCCUAGCAAGCAACCAACCAAUUACUUCUGUAAGACAUUGACUGCAAGUGAUACUAGCACUCAUGGAGGGUUCUCUGUUCCCCGCCGUGCAGCUGAAAAAGUCUUUCCUCCUCUUGAUUACUCACAGCAGCCCCCAGCUCAAGAACUAAUUGCAAGGGAUCUUCAUGAUAAUGAAUGGAAAUUUAGACAUAUAUUUCGAGGUCAGCCCAAAAGGCAUCUUCUUACAACAGGUUGGAGUGUGUUUGUUAGUGCGAAGAGACUUGUUGCUGGUGACUCGGUUCUUUUUAUCUGGAAUGAAAAGAAUCAGCUGCUAUUGGGUAUCCGGCGAGCGAAUCGUCCUCAGACUGUCAUGCCCUCAUCAGUUUUGUCAAGUGACAGCAUGCACAUCGGUCUUCUUGCUGCCGCUGCUCAUGCAGCUGCCACAAAUAGCCGAUUUACUAUUUUCUAUAAUCCAAGGGCUAGUCCCUCGGAAUUUGUCAUACCUCUGGCAAAAUAUGUCAAAGCUGUCUAUCAUACACGGGUUUCUGUGGGCAUGCGAUUCAGGAUGCUAUUUGAGACUGAAGAGUCAAGUGUUCGUAGAUACAUGGGCACAAUCACUGGUAUUAGUGACUUAGAUCCUGUUCGCUGGCCAAACUCACACUGGCGCUCUGUCAAGGUUGGUUGGGAUGAAUCCACUGCAGGGGAGAGACAGCCAAGAGUCUCUUUAUGGGAGAUUGAGCCUCUAACAACAUUUCCAAUGUAUCCGUCUCCAUUUCCCCUUAGGCUCAAGCGGCCAUGGCCAUCAGGCCUACCCUCUUUCCACGCACUUAAAGACGGUGACAUGAGCAUUAACUCUCCACUAAUGUGGCUCCAAGGAGGGAUUGGAGAUCAGGGGCUUCAAUCAUUGAACUUUCAGGGGCUUGGGCUUGCACCCUGGAUGCAACCACGGCUUGAUGCUUCCAUGGCAGGUGUACAACCAGAUGUCUACCAAGCAAUGGCAGCUGCUGCACUUCAAGAGAUGAGGACAGUGGAUCCUUCAAAAUCAACACCACAAUCUCUUCUGCCAUUUCAACAAUCUCAAAAUGUUUCCAAUGGACCUGCAGCUUUGCUUCAGAGGCAACUGUUAUCGCAGUCGCAACCUCAAAGUAGUUUCCUUCAGAGCUUUCAAGAAAACCAGGCUCCAGCUCAGGCCCAGCUUAUGCAACAACAGUUGCAACGGUACCACCCAUAUAAUGAUCAUCGGCAGCAACAACAUCAACAACUACAGCAGCAGCAGCAGCAGCAACAGCCUCAGCAACAGCUUCAACCUUCACAGCAGUUGCAUCAGUUGUCUGUUCAGCAGCAGAUUCCAAAUGUCAUGUCUGCUCUACCUAAUUUUUCCUCUGGAACUCAAUCCCAAUCACCAUCUCUACAGGCCAUCCCUUCACAGUGCCAGCAGCCAACCUUUCCUGAUCCGGUUGGAAAUCCCAUAUCUUCAUCUGAUGUUUCCCAAAUCCAUAGCAUAUUAGGUUCGUUAUCCCAGAAUGGCGGAUCCCAGUUACUUAACUUGAGUGGUUCCAACUCUGUAAUUGCUUCUUCGUCCUUGUUAGCCAAACAAAUCGCAGUUGAACCACAAAUUCCUUCUGGGACUGCUCAGAGUGUACUGCCCCAGGUGGAACAGUUAGCACCACCACAGUCAAAUGUUUCUGAUCUCACUUCUUUGCCUCCAUUUCCUGGGAGGGAGUACUCUGCAUACCAAGGUGCUACUGAUCCACAAAGCAAUCUUUUGUUUGGGGUUAACAUUGAUUCUUCAUCUCUCAUGAUGCAGAAUGGGAUGUCCACCCUGAGAAAUAUGGGCAGUGAAAAUGAUUCACUUUCGAUGCCAUUUGGUUCGUCAAAUUAUUCAAGUGCCACGGGCACUGAUUUUCCCCUUAAUUCGGACAUGACUACCUCAAGUUGUGUUGAUGAAUCGGGUUUCUUGCAGUCUUCCGAAAAUGGGGACCAAGUUAAUCCACCAACAAGAACCUUUGUGAAGGUUCAUAAAUCGGGGUCCUUUGGGAGGUCACUGGAUAUUUCGAAGUUCAGCAGCUAUGAUGAACUGCGCAGUGAGCUCGCACGCAUGUUUGGCCUUGAAGGCCAACUGGAGGACCCUCAGAGAUCAGGCUGGCAGCUUGUAUUUGUCGACCGGGAGAAUGAUGUUCUUCUCCUUGGUGAUGACCCUUGGCAGGAGUUUGUAAACAAUGUGUGGUAUAUCAAGAUACUGUCUCCACUUGAGGUGCAGCAAAUGGGCAAAGAAGGCCUUAGUCCUGCUAGUUCUGUCCCAAGUCACAAGCUUUCCAACAGCAAUAACGCUUGUGAUGACUACAUCAGCCGACAGGACAUGAGAAACUCAAGCAAUGGGAUUCCCUCGAUGGGCGACCUCGACUACUAAAGGCAAAGUCUCCAAUACUUGGAUACUCGGAAAGCCGGUUGCUGUUAAGUGUUAUUAACUAUUCUAGUACCUUUUUUUAUGUACGGUUAAGAGCAUUCUUUUACCCUUUUGUGGCCAGUAAAGACGUAGUGCUUGGCAAAGUCUACUUUAAUUUGCAUGUCAGCUUAUUACUGUAUAUUAUAAUAGGAUACCUGGUUUCACAAACUACUAUUAUAGCCCUUAGAACAACAACACGUAUCCCUCAAGAGAAUGAUCUUGAUGGCAAUUUGUUUGCUAUCUUGUCAUGUAAUUUAUAAGAGGAAUAUUUUAAUAUUUUCGAUUUUAUUGAACUCUGAACUUUUAUGAUGUUAA